CAUCAACAUGCUUGCAUGCGCGAUUCCUCGUCGGUGCUGAGGAGUGGAUGGAGAAGGUAUUUUCUUUCUUGAUUGCAGAUGCAUGUUUUGCAUGGCUUACCUACAUACAGCUUACCUUACGCAGCUUCUGCAUGUAGGGCAAAGCUAAAGAACGGAGACUGUAGCAAGAGGCGAAGAGGGAAAAUACAAACUCUGUACCAGUACCAAUUACCUCCAACCACUAAGUAUACUUUUUGUCCUCCUCAACACCAACCUUCCGCAAUAUCAAUAGUGCCUUUUGCCCUACCUCACAAUUCAUUCACCGUUACGCAUCCCUGUUCCCCACGGUUUAUGCAUUUUCUUUUCCUCUACCCAUACUCAUCCCUCCUUUGCUCGGAAGUGAGGAUUAGCCCUUGCUCUUCGUGUUCCUUUCUUUGUCAAAUCUUUAGCCAUGCGCCGUUGAUCCAUUUCCGAGCUUUUCGGAUCUGGGGUGACUGAACAAAAGCAAAGUUGACAAGCUUGAGCUGGCCUCUCUCUAGACUCCGGCCAGGCAAGUUGAGGUCGCAACUGUCUUGAGCCGAUCGACCGCGGCUGUGUUUUAUUUUUCUGGCCUCCAGAAGGCCUCGCGUGGUUUUCAACCACGAUUCUCAACGCCAAUCAUCCAGAGCAAUGACAAUCUCCUCGAGCCUGGGUGACAUGUACGCCCGGGCCAAGACGCCCUCAAGGAGCCUUCUUUCGCUGGCUGUCAUCGCUUCCCUAGCAACAGCAGCAUCAACACCUCCGUCAUCUCUGCCUUACGUCCCGACGACCAUCUUACUUCCCGGCUCCUCUGGCUUCAGUCUGCCCGCCCAGCGCGACCAGGAUAAAGUAGCGUACAUAUUCCGACCAACCUCGGAGAGCUCUGUUGAUUUCCUGGCCCUCGACAUCUCCACAACACUUUCUGCCUCAUCUCUCCACCUGGAGACACUAACUUCUGGUCUGCCCUUCCUCAAAGACGCCAAUACAACGACGACUUUCACGCCAUCGCUACUCAGCAACCGAACUGUUGUCGCAUAUGUGGGAGAUUGUGCCUCCCAGUCCGGCGCCCCGGCUGUGUGGACGGCUCCGCUGCCCGACUCUCUCACCCGCAAUGCCGAGCUCACAUGGGAUUACGACGGAGCCCCGGAUGCCACCGCCGCAACUUUUGUGCAUUCCUGCAAAGGGCCCAUGUUUCUAGGGGGCGCCAUGAGCUUUUCUGCUCAGCUUUCUCCAACGGUGUCACCGCCGUCUGUUUACUAUUAUGGUGGCAUGUGCCCUUUCACAAACCAGUCUGGAACUGACUGGACCAAAAGCGCUUCAUACUCGAACCACGUGCUCAAGCUUGGCCUCCCGGCAGAUAAUGCUUUUAACAUAAGUCCUAUUGUCGCCACUGGCCGCUCACCAGGUGCACAGGCUGGUUUCACGCUCACCUCGUUGACACCCUCCAUCUCUAAUCGCGGUGAUGUGGUCACGCAGCAGCUGGACAGCGUCGUGCUGGGGGGCCAUAGCGCCCUUGGUUAUAUCGACAUGGGAGAGGCCGCCAUCUGGAGCGUCCCCCAGGAAACGUGGAAACUUAUCAAGGUGCAGCAGCCCAAUGCCGGCAGGACGGAACUUGCAAUUAAGAAGAACGACCUCCCCGAUCAGGUCGAAAGCCGGUCUGGCCACACCACAGUCUUGAGCGCGGAUGGGAGCAAACUUGUGGUUCUCGGCGGCUGGGUCGGCGAUAUAAAGAGAGCCGCCCUCCCACAGCUGGCGAUACUGGAAGUUAGUGCCGACUUCACCGCGUGGAAGUGGAAUAUUCCGGCCGAACAGCCCCAGGGUCAGGCCAUAUUCGGACAUGGCGCUGCCGUCUUGCCAGGCAACAUAAUGAUGGUAUAUGGCGGCUACUCAAUCGCGCCAGAAUCCCAGGAUUUGGCCUCCUCCCGACUCAAGCCCAGACAGUCAGGGGCAAGCGGUGAAAUACCAAUGUUCCUCAAUAUCAGCUCAAUGACCUGGUCCAACGAGUACAUCAACCCUGAACGCCCCGCGGGCUCAGGCGAUGCACAUGGACAAGGCAGUGCACACGAAGCCAAGAAAAGCAACCUUGGACUGAGCCUGGGCUUGGGCCUAGGUCUGGGUCUGGGUCUCAUCGCCCUCACAGUUGCGGGAUACCUCCUCUGGCGAAAGCGCAAGCGCAACCACCGCCGUGAUUCAGCUGUGCGUGCGCUGGCCCAAGAUGCGAGCAUGUUCCUUCCGCAAAGCGACAUGCUGGAGCGCGAAGAUGCCAGCUUCAGCAGGGGCUGGAACUCGGCACAGGCCUACGAGUGGUACACGGGUGGCGGUGACCCGUUCCAGCGAGCCGCUAGAACCCGACUUAUUUCGCCUUCUGAGGGCUACGAAAGCUUGCGCGGGGCAUCGGACCCGGAAGGCUUCUCUGCAUCGACACAAAAGGCAGUGACGCGCAAGCCUGUUGGUUCAAGAAGUCUAGGUGGUCACCUUUAUAUGCCACCUCCGCUUGACUUGAGCCCUCGGAGCCGGGGAGCGACCGAAAUGAAUGUGAUCCACGAGGCGGAUGAGGAGGUCGAGGCUCCUAUCGCAGAGCCAGCACCCACAGGCGUUGUUGUGGUCCAGACAAGACCGAUUUCCCAGGAGAGCGAUCCAUUCCUAACUCCGACUGAACCCAACGGGUUCAACGUAGCGUGGAGGCAGGACGAGUCACCCAGGUCAUCUACAGGGCCAGGCUAUACGCCAGAUGUCCAGCAAUGGGUGCAGGAGGCCGAAGAGAUCGAUGCCGAAGUGACCGCCCGGAUCCCAUCACUGAGAUCUAUGCCGCAGACUACCGCUAUCAUAUCGUCUGUACCGCUUCAAGAUUCCCGCCCGAGCAGCCGCUCACCGACUCAAAGGAGCCCGUUAUCCCGUGCAUUAGACGUUGGAAACGAAGCGCCUUCCGCUAGCAUCGUCGAUCAGGGUGCUAUACCAAGUUUGUCCAGGUCCGAAUCCAUCAGGUCUCCCCCGGAUCACACGCGCGGUGUUACGGGCGCCCUGGUCGGUAACAGCAACGAAGAUAGGAACCAGGACAGAAGUUCCGGAGAAAGCAGUGGUGAAGUGGUAUACAAAACAGCGAAUUCGAGCUUCUCGGCUCUGCAGGCCGAGGGCCCGGCGCUUCUGGCCGGCAGUUCUGCAGCAGCAGCAGCAGCUAAUAUCAACACCAACCAAAGAAGAAGCCUGAUCGGCGGAACAUCGCCCUCGCAAGAUGAGGACGACUAUGAAUUCCAGCAGGGAAGUCCCAGCAAAAUGAAGAGACGCUCCUCAUGGUUUGGGCUCGGCACACUGGGCAGCCUGCGGAGGGCGGUCAGCUCGUCAGGACGUAGGGAUUCUGCUAGCUCGGACGCGGCAGCCAGGGGUGCAGGAGGCAAGACGAGCAGUUCCGAGUGUGGCGUCCACCAAGAUCCCAGUCACUCCGGCGGCGGCACCGUAUCGCGCCGCCGCAGACAAGGCCGGGAGGCGUGGGAGGUCGAUGCCUCUGGAAGUGGUAAAUAUGGGGGCCCCAGCACGCCACCGCGCCGGCUGUCUUACAGGCUUGACGAGGAAGAUGAAGACUGGGAUAUUGAGAGGGCCUCAGAACGACGUUCAGUGCAAUACGCGUUUACGGUGCCUAGGGAGCCCCUGCGUGUAGUCAAUGCCGAUGUUCAGAGGCAGAGUUUUGAUACCACGGCCCAGGAAGAAGAUAGCGGAGAAGGUCGAACAGAGCAAAAGGCCACGGCAGAGGUCGAAUCAGAUGAGUUCAAUCCCGACAAAGGGAAAGGGAGAACCGGGGGUUAUAUUGGGAUGGAAAGCCGACAAGAUGUUAUAUUUGUGGGCGACGCAGCCGGCCCAUCCAGAGCCAGAGUGGCUUCGGGAUCAACGCCAAUCGUACGCGAACCGCAAAUUAUGGGGUUCCCGCCGGGAAUGCCCACGGGUGGUGACAACGAACAGGACGAGGGUCAUCUCCUCGUCCCGACUCCUAGGACCCCAACGUUCCCAAGAGACCUCGAAAACGACGACAGGAACGCAGAAGGCUUGGAAUCUGACGGCCUUUCUCCGCGUCAGCAGUCCGAUAGGCGCUCGUUCGAAUCCCGGAUGUCGAUUGACUCGUCGGCCAACCACGUCAUCGGACUGGCGCAGGCCGUCAGCCUGACGAGGGGCUCAGCGUUGCCGACGCCGCGGCCUUCACCACCGACGAGGGUUAUGGAGAUGGUGGGACGGAUCGAGGAGGAGCAGCAAAGAGGCGACAGCCGCCAAAGCUCCCCGGCCCGCAGUGCGCAGAUGAGAAAAUGAGACAGCUUAUAGUUCUCACGAACCUUGGCUUUGUGUUGCUUUUUUGAGUAUUAUAGCUUAUGGCGUUGGUUUGGAGUUGACCCGUCUUGAGAAGACAAGUGUGUUAUCUGGGAAGCGAUUUUUGGUGGCGUUUUGUGUUUUCUUUUUUUCCCCUCCCGUCAUCUUGACGGGAAGAAGCGUUUUGGCUGUAACUUGGGACUGUGGUAUACGCAUACGCAGGACAUUGCUUUGUUUGUUGUCCCAUAUAUCGGGCUCGGGAAGCUUGUGGUAGCACAGAAUAUUCCCUCCUGGGCAACGAUGAAUAAAGAAAAGAUUAUGACGAG